GCAAAGGCCAGAUCCCACAACGAUCCCAGGGUCUGCAGAAUCUACAUACACUACACUUGAGAACCAUAAUGCAGUCUAUCAUCAACAAGCCUGUUACAAUAAUGGCGUACGAGCACACUGCCAGAGGCCUCCAGUUGAGGAAUUUAUCCAAAAUAUCUCAAACCCGUUUAUACACGAUCAAUCAUCACAACACACACAGAGCCAACACACACCAACGUCUCACAAUUACACAACAACAACAUUAUCAUCAUCAUCAACAACAACAACAGAGAUCGAUUGUCUUUGUCCGUGGCCAACGUGUACAAGGCUUAAUAAGAGACCCAAGUGAAGUUUUGUCCUCUGAUGGUGUAAAAUAUGGCGCAGAAAGCGACAACUUGGCCCCAUUGAAGAACUACCUCAGUUCUCUUAACCUCUCAACGAAAAUAGAACUUCCAGAUGAACUUUUGCUACAGAUUAUUACUCACAAGUCUUUUGCUCAUGGUUCAAAACCUUAUAAUGCACACAUAUCUUUCCUAGGAGAACAGAUUCUACAACUCUGUGCGACCAAACAUGUGGUUGGAAAAUCCAAAAACCUGGAUGCUAUUGGAUCCCUGGCACACCGUAUCAUGUGGUCUGAUAAACUGCUCGCUGCCUUCGCUGAAUCAAAGAAUAUCGACAAGGUGUUUUUCUGUAAAAAAGCCUUACCUGGUGGAAACAUUGACAAAUUAUACAAACCAAAGUCAAUUUACUCAACAAUCACCUCAUCCUUGAUUGGCGCUAUUGCUUCAAAGUACGGUAAAAAUGCUGCUGAGGAGUUUAUUGAAAAAGAACUUAUUCCUGCUUAUAAAAACUAGAAAUUUAUUGUGGAAACUUGCAUGAGACACUUCCAUCGAAAUAUAAGGUUCUUUCACCCCUAUACAUUAGCCGUCUCCCAUCCAGACAACAGUUAACGAGAUUAUGUACACAUGUUUAUAUAUGACGACCACCUUUGAUUUUCUCACUCUUCUCUAAGCCUCAAUGUUUUCCAUUCUUUCUGUUCGAUUAUGUUUAUUUCUUGAUCUUACUUGUACAUACAUGCAUAAAUUUAUGAAACAGAUUGGGUGGAAAAAAGGCUGAAGAGCUUGUGAGGAG